AGUUACAGCCCACUCCAUGUUAUUUGCUGUUAAAAGUUGAAAUUGGAUGUCCCAAAAUGCAAACCACUGGACACAAAACCCAGCAAGACUCUGUCAUGUGUACUAACAGCUUCUGACUUGGUCCCUCCCACAUCAACCCUCCGGGAUUUAGUUCUCCACUCUGACUGACUUCCUACCUCUGGUCAUUGCUGCACAGGGAAGCCAAGAGUCACUGUCUCCAGACACAGUUCCAACAGCCCCAACGGCCUAGUGUUUGUCCAAGCAUGACAGUUACAUAUGAGAACUUCCAGAAUUCGCGGAGCGAGGAGAAAAACCCGGAGACUGGAAAGGGCACUCCCCCCCAGUCCUUCCUGUGCAAUGUCUUCUCGUGGACCCACCUCCUCCUCUUCUCCCUGGGCCUCGGCUUCCUGCUGCUGGUGGUUGUCUCCGUGAUUGGAUCCCAAAAUUCCCAGUUAAGGAGGGACCUAGGCACCCUGAGAGCCAAUUCAGAAAACCUCACCUCCUACAUGAAUGCUGAACUGCAGGCCCUGAACUCCAGGGGUGACAGCUUGCAAGAAAGGAUCAAUUCUCUGAAAGUGGACGUGGACGACCACAGGCAGGAACUGCUGGCAGGCCGAGACUUGAGCCAGAAGGUGACUUCUCUGGAGAGCACAGUGGAGAAAAAGGAACAAGCCCUAAAAACAGAUCUUUCUGAAAUGACGGAGCGUGUCCAACAGCUGGGGAAGGACUUGAAGGCCCUGUCGUGCCAGCUGGCCAGCCUCAGGAGCAAUGGCUCUGAAAGGACCUGCUGCCCCCUUCACUGGAUAGAACACGAAGGCAGCUGCUACUGGUUCUCUCAAACUGGGAAGUCAUGGCCUGAGGCUGAUAAGUACUGCCAGCUGGAGAACGCUCACCUGGUGGUGGUCAACUCCAUGGAGGAGCAGAAUUUUCUACAGGAUAAGUUAGUCCAUGUGGUCACUUGGAUGGGCCUCACAGACCAAAACGGGCCCUGGCGAUGGGUGGAUGGAACUGAACUGGAGAAAGGCUUUAAGAACUGGGCCCCAGAGCAGCCAGAUAACUGGUACGGACAUGGGCUUGGAGGAGGUGAGGACUGUGCUCACUUCACCUCCACUGGUAACUGGAAUGAUGACGUCUGCCAGAGGCCCUUCCGCUGGGUCUGCGAGGCAGAGCUGGCCAAGGCCGGCUAGGAGUUCCCUCCACCUAAUUUAUGUCUUCGGUGCCUUCAGCUGCUAAAGCCUGGAGUUUGGAAUCCUCCUACCCAGUCUUGACAUUCUUGGAGAUUUUCUUUUUACUGAGAAUUUUGAGGCAAGGAGAAAGGGUUGCGUUUGAGAUGGGUAGUGUAGUGACCGGAAGGAUGAGGCUAUUGGAAUCUGUGAUAGCUUAUUCAGUGUGCAGUUUAUUUUAGCCAACUUUUGAAUGUAACAAAAAUUAAAUACUUUUUGUUGA